AUGGCUGGAUUCAAUAUCAUGAAAUUGGUACGACCUACCAAAACUUCUAAUAAUCAAGAUCAAGAUCAAGAUCAUGGUAAUAACAUUAAUCCUAAUAGAAGAAGGUCUAUAGGUUCAAUCAACUUCAUAACAAAGAAAACUUGGGGCUGGAAAAUAAGAGAUGCAGUUGCUUCUUUAGAAGAUCUAUUUGGUCCUUAUCUUAAGAAAAUCUUUCCUUCAUUCAUUGCAGUUCAUUAUUUUUACAUCAUUUCAAUAGCAAUACUGGGUUCAAUCUUUAUUUAUCCUGUUAAAAAUAUUCAUUAUAUUGAUGCUUUAUUCUUUGCAUCUGGUGCUGCUACUCAAGCUGGUCUAAACACUUUAGAUGCAAACGUCUUGACUUUAUAUCAACAAAUUAUUAUUUAUAUAUUUUGCUGCUUAGCAACUCCAAUUUUCAUUCAUGGUUCAUUAAGUUUUUUAAGACUUUAUUGGUUUGAACGUUAUUUUGAUGAUAUUAGAGAAACUUCAAAACAUAAUUUCAAAAUGAGAAGAACUGCUACAAUGAUGGCUAGAACUCAAUCAAUGGAACGUGCUAAAACUGCAGAAUCUCAAAGAUCUAGAACUCCAGGGAACAAUAGAUCAAGAAAUUUAAGUAAAACAACAACAAAUAAUAAUAACAAUAAUAAUAAUAUACCAUUGACAGGUUAUAGUUCUAGAACUGUUUUUGAAAAUUCACCAGAUAUUGAACAAACAGGUGAAUAUCCAGAAGUUAAAGAUUCUGAUACAAGUUCCUCAGAAAUGGUUAAUACAAACCCAAUCCCAUUAACACAAUCAACUCCAGCUGUCAAUCAAACUCAAUCACCUCCUAGAGUUUCAAGUCCAUCACCAAUGCCAAUGCAACAGAGUAGUUAUAAUAACUCUGUUGAACAUAUAUCUGAACCUAGUUCUGAUGAUGAUCAUGAAAAUAACCAUUUACCUCCAGAAUCAAGAUCAAUAAAUCCUCAUAGAGUUGAUGAUGAUCUUAAUGAUGAAGUUGAUAUAAGUCAUACAAAAUCAUCUCCAAAUAUUAAAUUUGGUGAUUUACCAAAUCCAAGAAAUCAUGAUGUUGAACCAAGAGAUGUUUUCAUGUCAAUUGCAAUGUUGAGUAAUAAUCAAAAAAGAGAAACUCAUGAUGAUGAACAUGAAGGUCCUGCUCUUGUGAUUGGUGGACCUGCUGAAAGAGAACCUCCAAUUAGACAAAAUUCAACUUCUGCAAUUCAAUUUGAUUUGAAAAAACCAAAACAUGAAAGAAAGAAACAUUUGAAAAAAUCUAAUAAUCAUCAUCAUAGAUCAAGUUUUAAUGCUUUUAAAUUUGGUCAUCAUCAAAGAUCACAUUCAAAUGCUUCAAGUCACAGUAAUGAAAGAGAUAUUGAUUCUGUACUGGAUAACGAUUAUUUAUCCGAUGCUUCAAAUGAUGAAGAACAUCGUUUGAAAAAAGCUCAAUCAAAUUUACAAUUACCUUCAUCUGAUCAAACAGGUGGUUCAAAAUUUAAUAAAAGAUCAAAUACAUUAGAUGUUACAUCAAAUAAACAUUCAUUAUUAUCAAAAUCUCCAACUUUUGAAAAAAUGAUUAAACAAAAAUUGAAAAAACCAAUUUUAGGUAGAAGAAGAUUUUCUAGUUCUGCAAUUACUGAUGACACAAUGGACUCUUCAGGAUCUGAUACUGAAACAGAUGAUGAUUUUGAUGAUAAUUCAUUAAUUAGAAAUAUGACUACAAAUUAUCUUUCAUGGAACCCAAAAAUUGGUAGAAAUUCUACUUUUGUUAACCUUUCAGAAGAACAAAAGGAAGAAUUAGGUGGUGUUGAAUAUAGAGCUAUUAAAUUAUUAGCUAAAAUUUUAUUAUUUUAUUAUGUUGGAUUUCAUAUUUUGGGAUUUUUAUUUUUAGUUCCUUGGGUUGUAACUAAAAAUUCUUAUCAAUCACAUAUUAGAGAAAGUGGUGUCACGUUAACUUGGUGGGGGUUCUUCACUUCAAUGUCCUCCUUUAAUGAUUUAGGAUUUACAUUAACACCAGAUAGUAUGAACUCAUUCAAUACUUCAAUUUAUACUUUAUUAGUUUCUGCUGUUUUAAUUGUUAUUGGUAAUACUGGGUUUCCAAUCUUAUUACGUUUUAUAAUUUGGGUUUGUUUUAAAUUUGCAAGAGAUUUAUCAUUGUUUAAAGAAUCUUUAGGCUUUUUAUUAGAUCAUCCUCGUCGUUGUUUUACACUUUUAUUCCCUUCUGCUCCAACUUGGUGGUUAUUAUUCAUUUUGGUUGUUAUGAAUGCCGUGGAUUUAAUCUUGUUUGUUAUUUUGGAUUUGAAUGCUGCUGUUGUUAAAGCACUACCUGUAAAUAUCCGUAUCUUAAAUGGGUUUUAUCAAGCUAUAAGUACUAGAACUGCUGGUUUUGCAUGUAUUGAUUUAUCACAAUUACAUCCUGGUGUUCAAGUUAGUUAUAUGGUUAUGAUGUAUAUUUCUGUUUUACCAUUAGCUAUUUCUAUUAGAAGAACAAAUGUUUAUGAAGAACAAUCAUUAGGUGUUUAUGCAGGUAAUAAUGAAAAUAAUGAUGAAGAUCAACAAAAGGCAACUCAAUUCAUUGGUGCACAUUUAAGAAAACAACUUUCAUUUGAUUUAUGGUUUGUUUUCAUGGGUCUUUUCAUUAUUUGUAUUGCUGAAGGUGGGAAAAUACAAGAUGAUUCAUUACCAGAUUUUAAUGUUUUCUCAGUUUUAUUUGAAGUUGUUAGUGCAUAUGGUACUGUGGGAUUGUCAUUAGGCUAUCCAGGUACAACACCAUCUUUUUCUGGACAAUUUGGUGUUAUUUCCAAACUUGUUAUUAUUGCAAUGAUGAUUAGAGGAAGACAUAGAGGUUUACCAUAUUCAUUAGAUCGUGCUAUUAUGUUACCAUCAGAAAAAAUGGAAAUUAGAGAUAGAUAUCAAGAUUUACAUGCUGGUAAUCAUUUACAAAGGGCUGAAACUAUUGGUAGUAUGGGAGACCCUGUUGUUACAUUUUUCAAAAAUGCUACACCAAAUAUUCUUAAGAAUCGUUUUAAAAGACCUUCAUUUUUGAGUGGUAGUAGCUCACAGCCAUUCAGAACUAAUACAAGAGGAAAUAGCUAUGUUUCAGGAUCUAAUCAAAAUCCACCUCAACCAGUUCAAUUUAGUCUAGCUGAUAAUCAAAAUGAUAACAAUAUCAACUCUAAUAAUAUUGUUAAUAAUGAUAAUCAUAUUGGAUUCAAAGAUGUUCAUUUUGGUAAUAAACCUAUUAAUAAUCAUGAAUAUAACCAAGAAUCUCAUGAAUUGAACGAUUUAGAUUAUGCGCAUUUAAAUAGGGAAAAUCAUAAUGAUGUCGACCAAGGUAAUCUAGAUGAUGGUAUUGAUCAAAGAGAUUAUAGUGUUACUAGAUCAGAGACAUUUGGGGGUGAUGAAGCAACAGAUUUAGGUCCAAGAAGAAACUCUAAUGUUACAUUUUAA